CUGCGGCGAAUAUCUUCAGAAUUACACUGCAAUCGCCGGCGGCUAUGUCCUCAACGAGGAUGCUACUUCCGACUGUAACUUUUGCCAAAUCAGGGACACCAACGUGUUCCUGAGCAGCAUCAGCUCCAACUACGAUAAUAGGUGGAGGGACUGGGGAAUCGGCAUGGCUUUUAUCGUCUUCAACAUUGCUGCCUCUUUGGCACUCUACUGGCUUGUUCGUAUGCCAAAGGGGAAGAAGAUGAAGAAGACGAAAAAGGAGUAG